UACCGUCAGAGCUAUCGGACAGGUCAGACACUCUGAACUCGCAGCUCGCUACCGUCACGUUACAUAAGUAUUGUUGUGUUUUCGUGCGCUGCAAGCGAUGUAAAACAGAUUGUAAUCUUGUUUGUUGAUCGUUGUGUUUGUGCUUUCGGAAAUCCCACGAGUGUUGUUUAUUUGUGCCGGUGAAGGUUACUCCUUCAGCAGACAUUCUGAACCAGUUCGUCGACUGUCGUUUCACGCUUCCCGAAUGAACAAUGGUGAAAAUUGAAGAGUUGCCAUUCAGCAUACCUAUGAUGGCGCGUACCCCUCUGAAAUCAUCCUUCAGCAUCAGCUCGAUCCUGCCCGAGACGGCGUCGCAGCCACCCAGCCCGCACAGCCCGGAGAUGGAGAGUUGCCUGCCUCCCAGCACGUCCAGCGGGAGCGACGUGAGCGACCUGGAGUCCGACUUGGACGUGACGGGGACUGGAACCCCGCCUCCCUUGGAUUGUUCCAACAGGUCGGUGGAAAAGGACGAGAAACCCGAGGAGAAGAAGAAGAACGAGAAGCCUCCCUACAGCUACAACGCCCUCAUAAUGAUGGCCAUCAGGCAGAGCCCCGAAAAGAGACUGACACUGAACGGCAUCUAUGAGUACAUCAUGAGGAACUUCCCCUACUACAGAGAGAACAAGCAGGGUUGGCAGAAUUCCAUCAGGCACAACCUCUCCUUGAACAAGUGUUUCGUGAAAGUCCCUCGGCACUACGACGACCCCGGGAAAGGCAACUACUGGAUGUUGGACCCCAGCAGUGAGGACGUUUUCAUCGGUGGUACGACCGGGAAGUUGAGAAGAAGAUCGACGGCGGCUUCGAGAAGUAGACUGGCGGCCUUCAAGAGAUCUGUUGUUCUAGGAGCGUCAUCGUUGUAUCCUGGAGGUAUCGGACCAGCGGGGGCUGCAGGACCUUUCCCCGCGCCUUGGAUGUCUCCUCUGGGCCAGUUCUACUGCAACCCCGCAUCACUGUACCACAGGUUCCCCACGAGUUACCCGUACCCGGGGCUGCUCCAGCCGAUCCCCAAACCCACGCCGUUGACGCCGUCUAUCGGUUUCUCGGUGGACCGUCUCCUCGCAGAUUCCUCCAGCCAGUUCCGACCCAGCGUCUACCCUCCGGGCUACGACCUCUACAGCAGCCUCCGGUCGUCCCUGCAGCACCAGCAGCUCAUGGCUGCCGCCUCCCUCGCCGCCCCCACGCAGGUGACCCCCACCGCAUCUUCGUCCUGUAGCAGUAGUCCGGAACCCCCCAGGCCCGUGUACAAGCCCGUCACAGUUCUAUCCAGACCCCCCAGCUAGUUCUGUAUCUCCACCAACGACCGCUCCGCUACCAAAGUGAGUUCACAUUGAUCUCUUCUCGCAGAGUUUAAAGUAAGUUUAAAAUAGUCGUUAUAGUCUGUGUUCUAUCUAUAUUUUGUUCAACACAUUUUAAAUUCGCACGACAAAUUAGUCCAAUUAUGUUGUAUUCUGUUUUAAGAGUAAAUUGAAUGUUCAAUUAGUUUAUAAUACUGUUAGGCCCUGCCGGUAAUUUACGAGCAGUACUUAUCAAGUUUUAAUAAAGUAAUGUGUUGGUCUGCCCCACCGCUUAAUAAUGUAGUUAAGUUAAAUUUACUGAAUCUUCUUGUUUUAUGAUUUUAAGUAUUAUUAUAACCCGUAUUGAACUGUGAUUAUAGUCUAAAAUGUUGACAGUGUUGUAUUAAAAAAAUGUCUUUCCGUUCAAUCAAAAUUAUUAUAAACUUUUAAUAAAACCUUUUUAUUUUAAAUUUUAUUAAGAACUGCAAUGAUGCCUUAAUUUUAGACUAGACCUCUCACUUGCUACUUACAAUAUUGUUGAUUUGUAAUCGCAAGACGAAUUAAAGUUAUUGUUCUACUGUAGUUUUGUAGACGAAGGUUAAUAACCGUUAAUUGUUUUGUGUGGUCAAUGAAUUUAAUGACACUACAGUAGACGUUUGUUGAAAUUAAACAUGUAGUCUACAUUCUUGACAGUUAAUUUAAUUCGCUUGCCUACUACAUCAAUGAAUUAAGACUAAUUAAUUGUCAAAACAUUUCGAAUGUACAAAGUCUACAUUUUCUUAUCGCAAAGAAUAUGAUCCAAUUUAGCCUAAAUACGCGCUUUAAUACACUUAUUGUUUAUAGUUUUAUUGGAUUAUGUUUUAGUUAUAGAGAAAUAUGUAAUAAUAUGUUUGGUAAAUUAUAAAGCCUUAAUUGAAAAAUAGCUUGGCCAGCAGUGCGGACUAAAGAUACCAAUCGGCGGACGUUGGCGAAUUUAAUAAAUAUUUUAUUAGAUUUUAAUGUGUGCCGAUACACAAGCAAUAAAGAACCAAAUAGGGAAAGUCCGUUUAAUUAUUUCUAACAUUUCCAGAAGGCACGGCGCUGACCUUAAUGCAUUGUCUGGAAGCGUUACUUUGUAAAUGUAACUUUGAACUAAAUUAAUAAUAAUUUUAUUUAAUAUUUACUUUUGGAAAUUAUUUACGGUGGUACGUUUGUUACUUUACGAAUAAAUUUCACUUAAGCGAUAUUUUAAAUAAUACAAAAACAACAAAUCGAUUUGUCGACAUCAACAGAAAAUAAAAUCA